AUGGGGUGCACUCACUCUGUGUACAAGAAGAAGAAAUCAACCAUUCAUGAAGUAGUUGUGUUAACUCCGUCAAUCCGAAUUCCAGUGCAAUCUGAUCUUCAAAGAGCACUUAAAGGGUUGAUUCCGAAGGAUCUUGCUGAUAAAUUGUCUUCCUUGAGGAACCAGAUUGUGUUGGUAGCAGAAGAUACUGAUGGAUCAGCUAUAGCUGAAUUGCGGCGAGCUUUGAAUGAAUACUUAUCUGUUCUCAUUGGACUUACUAAGAAAGAGUUUGGUCUUGAGGGACUAAUAGAAUUCAAGUGGAAAAACUUUGAAGAUGGAAGACAAGACAGUAGUAUAGCAAAUGUGUGGUUUGAGGUGUUAUCUUCUGUUCACUUUAUGGCUAUGCUGACACUUUCUGAGGCUGAUUCACUGAUGAUCCCGAAAGACAGUUCAGACUCUGGAUUCAGGGUUGUGUCUUCAGAUAGCAAAAGGGAAGCAGUUGAUUUGUUAAUCAAAGCAUCGGGGUACUUGGAGUUCUGUGUUAGGCAAAUUCUUCCUCAAAUACCAUUUGAAAACAGCAAAGUUUUGCCACAUGAUUUGCAGGAGGGUGUAUUGGAGGCUAUAGCUAUUCAAGCACUAGGCCAGGGAACUGAAAUUCAGCUUGGAUUUGCUGUGGAGAGUCAAAAAGCUACUUUGUCUGUGAAAAGGAGGUUGGCAUGUGAGCAGCUCACUUACUUUACUCAGGCCUAUCACUGCUUAUCAGGAUGUGACUUCAACCAAGGACAUGGAAAGAAGCAUCUCAGGUUCAUCAAAUGGAAAUUCCUUGAAUCCAAGGCUGCAGCAUACUACUACCAUGGUCUAAUCCUCGACAAGGGUAACGAACCGAGCUGUCACAUUGUCGCUGUGUCUUGUUUUCUUGCCGCAGAAGAACUUCUGGUCGAAAGCAAAAAGGCCGGUUUGAGUUUUUGUCUUGCAGCUCCAGUCACAAGAGCUCCUCCACCAUGGGGUGUUAUGAAACUUCUACAUCAGAAAAUUCCUGAAGUUGCUUCAAAGAAGUAUCAAAUGUAUGGAUAUCUUCUAGAGCAAGAAAAGGGUCUCCAAGCAUUGCCAGACCUACCUGAGUUUCAAUUAUCAUUGCAUCCAGAUGACUAUGAACUGCCUGAAAUUGAUCCAGUAUGGGAUACUAAAAAUUGGGAAACUUUAGGACAACCAUUGAAAGAGCAUCUUAGAGAUUGUGAUGAGAAAUCAACUGAUUGA